AUGAGGCCUGAGAACCAGAGCAGCGUGUCCAAUUUCCUCCUCCUGGGGCUCCCCAUCAGGAGGGAGAGCAGGGGGAUGUUCUUCUCUCUGUUCCUGGGCAUGUACCUGACCACAGUGCUGGGCAACCUGCUCAUCAUCCUGCUCAUCAGGCUGGACCCCCACCUGCACACGCCCAUGUACUUCUUCCUCAGCCACUUGGCCUUCUCUGACUUUUCUCUGUCAUCUGGCACUGUCCCUAAGAUGCUGAUGAACAUGCAGACUCAGCAACAAUCCAUCCCCUAUGUGGGAUGCAUUUCUCAGUUGUAUUUUCUCAUGCUUUUUGGCUGUCUUGAAAAUAUCCUUCUUGCCAUGAUGGCAUAUGACAGGUAUGUGGCCAUUUGUCACCCUCUACACUAUAACACCAUCAUGAGGGAUGAGUUGUGUGUGCUGCUGGCAGCUGCCUCAUGGAUUACUUCAUGUGCCCAUGCCCUGUUGCACACUGUCCUCUUGGUCCGACUCUCCUUCUGUGCCGACAAUGUCAUCACCCACUUCUUCUGUGACAUCACUGUGCUCCUAAAGCUCAGCUGCUCAGACAUCUCCCUCAAUGAGCUGGUCAUUCUCACUGAGGGAGGAAUGAUUUUACUUUUGCCUUUGGCUCUUACUUUGGGCUCAUACAUCCGUAUAGGCACCAUCAUCCUGAGGGCUCCCUCCACUAAGAGACUCUUGAAAGCCUUCUCUACCUGUGGCUCCCAUCUCUUUGUGGUGUGUUUAUUCUAUGGGACAACUGUAGGUGUUUACUUUUUGUCCUCAUCAUGGGAUUCCAGAGAUGUAAUUGCUUCGGUCAUGUAUACGGUAGUUACCCCCAUGCUGAACCCCUUCAUCUACAGUCUGAGGAACAGAGAUGUAAAGGAGGCCUUAGAAUAUUUCUCUACAGGAUUAAAAAAGUUAAUAUAUCAACCAGGUCAUGUUUGA